CUUUGUAUCGAUGACAGUGAUGGGUCUUUGAUCGCAUGCAUACUUCCCCACAUGCCCGAAGAUAUGAGAAGGAUGCUCACUGUACACUUGAAAGCUUGCUUCGAGGACGAACCAGAAAACCUGGAAGAGACAGACUCGUCCUCUCAAGGAGAGAGGUACAGCUUCCCGGCUCUACAUUUUUCAUGGUACAACCGCCAUGGUACUAGGGGCCACGAUGUUCCUGUCGAUGCACAUCCCAUGUUGAUCGAGAGAGAAGACACAUCGAGGACGAACUAUAGCCAAAUGCUCCCCUACGAAUCACGAGAGAAGACUAAACAUAUGAAGCUCUACAAUAAUCUCAACCGCAUCUUUGCCAGGGUCUUCGAAUGGAUAGCGGGGCAGAUCAAGGAUGUCCUGCGGAUGGACUACGACGACCUUCGCAUUGACGCGGACAUGUUGCCCGGAAAUGCGCACUCAAUUGUGUAUCCCUUCCUUUCUCUUGUCGUCAACCUCAAUGUCGCCACUCUCGCUCACAGAGAUCAUCAAGACAAGACAUUGUGCGUUGUCUUGGUCAUUGGGGAGUUCGAUGGAGGAGAUUUAUGCUUGUAUGAGCCUGGUUUGGUUAUUCCGCUUCGUAACGGGGAUAUUGCUGCAUUCCCUUCU